UUUCCGGAAGUAUCUUGUUCGUCGAAGAAGAGGAGCAACCUGGUGCUAAAUUACUUGUUUUGGGUUUCCUUGCACAUGAACCCGAAGAGAAAAUCUGGACAGAUGUUGGAUUCAAGUUAAUUAUUCUCUACUGAGACAUAUUGAGCAUAUCGGACAAAACACCAGAAUCAUUCCAACAUGGCAUAUCGACAUAGUCGAAAAUCAAUUAGAGAGGCAUAUGAAGAGCAGUUCUCUGCAGUGGAAGCAAGAGAGGUGACAGUCCAUCGAGUUGUCAACAUUGUUGAAAAGAGGAGCCAUGCAUCUCGGCCACUAAUGGAAUUUGAAAGAGGUUUCAAAGAUGACCAGUGGUAUGAGAGUCCUCGAAAUUACCUGGAAACAAGAGAAUAUCAUGACGACAGCAAUUAUCCAUCCAGUGAUCGUCGACAUUAUGAUGAAGACUCCAGCUUUGGCCUUUUUCGCAGAAAUAAGUCGCCCUCACGAAAUGAGGGCCAGUACUCCCAACAGUCAUAUGGCAGAGAUGAUUUGAGGCACCAGUUAGGCUCACGGAGCAGUGGAAGAGGUGAUCCAUAUUUCCGCAGUAGAGGUCGAGGGUCAGGCCCUCCUCCAAGAGAAGAACGCAAAGAACACUACAGAGGCUCUCCGUCUUUGGUUAUCAGACGAGACCGCUCUCCUGUAAGGAGGGAAGCCCAGCCGUCCGUACCGGUCCGCUCUGGAUCAAACAGCAGCAGCAGGAGCUUCUCCCCCGACAGGGAGAAAAGUUACAGCUACCAGCAGGCCCAACAAAAGCAUAAGGCCAGCGGGUUGACGAGCCAUGCUCCCAGCACCACUGUGGAGGACACUGCUCACAGCUCUGGAUCUUCAAAGGAAAAAACUCCUGCAUCUGUAGCGGAGACGGAGGAGGUGGCGGCUGCCAGCAUGGAGCCAAAGCUGACACCGGGAGAGGACUUCAAGGCUCGCAGGUUGGAGGCCAUUAAGGCUAAGGCUCUGGAAAUUGAGAAGCAUUACAGGCAGGACUGUGAGACAUUUCGCACAGUGGUGAAGAUGUUGGUGGCCAAGGAACCCAGUUUGGAUAAUCUGUUGCAGGCUCCACUGGAUGAGAACCUGCAGGAGAUCAAGCAGCGCUGCUUAGAUUCCCUAAAGCAUUUUGUGAAGGAGCUGGACGAGGUAUUAAAGCAGCCGGACACCUCAGCAUUGGCCACAUGUGACAAAAUCCUAUAAUGAGUUGUUGGUUUUUUUACCUUGUUUUAUUUUAAUCACACUCUACAUGUAACAGCGAUUUACUUUAACGUUCAUAUGUAUUAUUAAGGAAAUUUUGCAGUGGCUCAUUUCCACUUGCUAAAACAUACAUUUUCUUAAGACUCCUUGCUCUAUUAAAUGGCAGUUUGCAUAGACAUGUGAUUACAGUGACACACCUAUAGUAUUAUAAAUGAAAUAUAUAAGAAAUAGCUGCUUUUUCAUAACAUGUUGUCAAACAUAGUUACGUUCAGUCGUUCACAGAUGACACUUUAAAUGCAUAUCAAUAAAAUAUUUGCUUGGUACUAUUUUUGAAUCCUACUCAUAUUAGCAGAAAGAACUAUAUGGUCAAUUUAACUUUGCUGUCACAACCUUUGUGAUUUAAAAUGUAUUGUGCUUCCAGUGUCUGUAUUUCUUGCAGAUGAGGGUGCAACUAUUGCUAAAAAAGUAUUCUGACCUCAGUAUCAAAGGGUCCAACUCUGUAUGAUGUUUUUCAGUGCAACACUUUUUUUGUAUGAAAAAUGUUGGCUUUUUUGUCUACUUGUAAACAGUUGUAUGCUCAAUAUUUUAGUUUAAAUUUUUGUAAAUAAAAGCUGAAGC